AUUUUAUCACUUUUUUUUUUUUUGUAGAAAAUGUAGAAAUGGAGGGAGGAAGAACAAGCUGGAAGCAGGGAAUAGGGUUGCAUUCAGAAUGAAAUCGGAGAUGGAGGUGUUAGAUGAUGGAUAUAAAUGGAGGAAAUAUGGAAAAAAGUCGGUGAAGAAUAGCCCGAAUCCGAGGAACUAUUAUAAAUGUUCAAGUGGAGGGUGCCAUGUGAAGAAGAGAAUAGAAAGGGACAGAGAAGACUCAAGCUAUGUGAUAACAACAUAUGAAGGAGUACACAACCAUGAAAGCCCUUUCAUGGCCGCCUACUGCAACCAGAUGCCCCCUGGCAUGCCCUGGACUUUGAACCCCAAUUCUUCUCCCCCUACUUCUACAUGAAAUAUAUAUUAUACACAUACCCCCACCCCUAAAUUGAAUUUCUUUUUACUUAACUUUAAUUGUCUGUUUAUUUGCUAAAUUUUGUAUAACAGUGUAACAAAAAUGAAAUGACGAUGAAAUAUAGCUGUUGAGCGUUCUUUGGACCUAGGGGGAAGUCCAUGUGUUACAGUGUAAGGGCUUAAUUUAUGUGGUAUCCAUGCUCAACUUCUUGUAUUUUUGAGCAUUAAAAUUGGAGGUGACUCUGAUGAUUCUUGUUCAGGCACUUCAUUGAUCUAGGUAAUGAUUUGAUUACAAUUGAAACUUUAGUACAUGAGAUUCGGUGAAUUGCAUCAGUGCUAAACCAUGUAGAUGGAGAGAAGCAAAUAAGGUAUUCCAUGACCUUGCAUAAGCUGGGCUACCCAGGACAGCUGCAUAUCUUUAGUUGCUACUAGUAUUUGAGUUGCGUUUGUAUUUCUAAAGAGUAAACUGUAGUUUGCUUUACUUGAACUGUACUUCACUUAAUUAUUAUUAAUAAAAGAAGUAGACUCGU